AUGCCGAAAUCGCGCGACCCGUCACCCGCGUCGCAGGACGGUUCCGUCCGCUCAAACAAAGCGGAUGAGGAAGCGCCUGCCGCGCCACCAUUACUGGAGGUGCCGGAAGAGACCACACAGCCCACGCAGGUCACACGAACACGCUCUCUCGCUCGGCUUUCGUCAGAGCUUCAAGUCCGCGCUAAGAUCCAGGUGGAACGCCUGGACACGAUGUUAUCGAUCGUAGAGGAUCUCCAGGCCUCCCCUGCAAAGGAACCUCUGGAGAUUCUCACAUCUGAGGUCGAAAUAACAAAGACCACGCUUAUGGAGAUGCACCUGAUGUUUCACCAGGAGCAUCAGGCGCUGAGCCGAUUCUGGCCCGUCUCCCAGCUGGACCACGGCUACUAUAAGUCCAAGGUGGCCUCGCAGGAAGAAAAGGUAGUGCUGAUCGCGCGUAAACUGAUUGCUCAGCUGGAGCACCGUCUGAGCCCGCCGCCGACCGCGCAGCCCGCGACGCCCACGCAACCGCCCACGACUCGCCGCUCACGUCUGCCGGAGAUCGCUCUCCCCAAGUUUGAGGGGGAGUACAGUCGGUGGCAUCAAUUCAAGGCCACCUUCGCCUCAGUGAUAACCGCACGCGACGACCUCACUGACCUCGACCGGUUCCACUACCUCAAGGGAGCCGUGUCAAGUAACGCCGCUCAGCUGAUCGAACAUCUGCCCACGACAGAAGAGGCCUUCACCCAAGCGUGGAAACUUCUCGACGGGCGCUACGAGAAUAAGCGUCUCAAUAUUCAGACGCAGAUGGACAGAAUUUACAACCUGAAACCGAUGAAGGUCAGGAAGGCGGCCUCGCUAACCAAGAUGGCGAAUAUUAUGGGUGAGACGCUUGAAGCCCUGAAGAGCUUCGGGCUUUAUGACGAGCAUAAUUGUUUCUUGAUCCACGCGCUCGUCCGCCUCUUGGACCCGGAUACGAGAGAAUUCUGGGAGUCAACGCUGUCCACGCAGACGGAGUUUCCGACGAUGGAUCAGCUGUCGAAGUUCCUAGUGGCCCGCGCACGCAUGCUCGAGCAGCUCGAGCCCCACCCUGACGCCAGGCCUACGCAGACCACGCAGACAGCUACCAAAACCGCUCAGCCCACGUCGCAACGCUCUGGGCCUUCGAGGGUGGCCACGCACUCAGUGUCAGCUCGGACCACGCUGCCCACGCCCGCCGCUCAUGCUGGGUCCUCCACGCCGCAGAGGGUACAACAGGCAGCGCUCUACCCCUGCGCGUACUGUGCGAAGGACCAUUUUCUGGCCGCGUGUCCGGCUUUCAGAGACCUCGCUGUAUCAGAGCCUCAACGUCAUUAA